AUGACUGUGCUGCUGCACAAGCAGCUGACCAAGACAGACCUCGGUGCGCUUUCUGUCAAGAACAUUCGCAUCACCCUGGGCAAGGCGCAGGUCCGCGCCGCGCUCUGCAACCUCCUGGACUGCGCGCGGCCGGAUGAUCUGAGCGGCACCGACCAGGCGCUGGAAGCUCUCGCAACCACAGCUGUGCCGCUGGCUGCGUCCGACCCGUCCGGCUCCGCGUGGGAGCUGCUGCUGAAGAGUACCUACAGGGCCGGCAGCCAGGCCUUCUUCAUAGAGCGCGCAGGGGAGUUCCUCCGCAGCUGCGACGCCCAGCCGGGCGAUGUCUGGGAGCUGACACGGCACUCUGGCAAGCUGGAAAUGCGUGUCAUCAAGGCCGAGGCGGGCCCAGAGCCCAGCAUCACUCAAGCGGAGGACGCCACUGAUGAGGCGUGCUCCUCCGACGUGAGCGACCAACAAGCGAUCCCCGCGUGCGUCCGCGGCCCCGCCGCCGGCGCCCUCAUGUCGCCGCCGCCGCCCGCGGCGGGGCCCGCGCUGCUGCCGCCGCCGCCGUUUGCGCCGGCGGCGCCGCGGCCCAUCCAGUCGUCGCCGCCGGGCGGGCUCAGCGACACGACACACUACGGCUCUACGUCUUCGCUGGGCAGCUACCCGCCGGCAGCGAGCGCCGCGGCUGCGGUAGCAAUGCUGAUGGGGCCGCCUUCGGGGCCGCUUGCCGACCGACCGGAGCACAAGCGUUCGGCGCCGCACGACGCGGCCCUCCCGGCGCACGACGCCAAGCGCGCGGUCCCGCCGGGCGGGCCGGCGAGUGCGACGCCGUCGCCGAGCGCGCCGCGGCCGGCGGCGCCAGCGCAGGCGCAGGCGCCGCCGUACGCGCUCGUGCUGCCCGCGGCGGCGUUUGCUGGCCAGCCCGCCGCGCAGCAGCCGGCGCGGCAGCAGGGGCAGCUCAUUGGCGACCCCCAGGGCCUGCAGGCUCCAGGCUACUAUUUCGCCGUCCCCGCCCCGCACCAAGCCGCCUGGCAGGGCGGCUGGGCCGUCGCGCAGCCCCCCUUCUACUUCGCCGCCGCCCCGCCGCCCGCCGCGCCGCAGCAGCACGCCCUGCAGGCGCAGCCGGCGCCGCCGGGCGCCGCCGGCGGGGGUGCGCCCCCGCAGCACAUCCUCGUGACGUGCAACGGCCUGCAGGGCUUCUUGGACGUGAACGACAUGAUGAUCGUCGUCGGCGCCGGCGGCGGGCAGCACCAGGUGCGCCCCGCGCCCCGCGCCGUGGGGUGCGCGUGA